CUCUUAUACUUUCUCAUAUCCUCUGUUCUUUGGAUACAACUGGAUUAUUUUAUGGACACAAUUUCAUUAGAUUAGUCGAGGAAUUCCUAACUAUUGGAUAAUUGAGUCGAGAGAUACUUGUGUAAGAAACUUGCGAGACGUGUAUACGGUGCUUAAUUUGUUUAUCAAAUCUCGGCAAAUGCAUAAUUUAUUUAUCAAAUCUUGAAUCAAGACAUUUUACUUUCUCUAAUGUCAUUAUAAAUCUCGUGCAGUCAAAGUGUACAAAACAUUACUAAACACAAAAAGCUCAUCAUUUGAACCAUCGCUCAUUUUGGUUUAGGUACUGAAUGUUUGACCUCGUUUCUCUCUCACUCUAAUAUAUGUAGAUAUAUAUUUUUAUGAAUCAUUGGUAGGAGUGGGGUAUAAUUUCGUACAUACUAGAUAUUGAUUUGGAGGUUUUAGAUACUUGAUGCAUGAGUGGAAACGAUUAUAGAUCGGAAAUGGCGGAUGUAUACGGCGAUGGAAGUGUUAGAGUGACGCCGGAGCUGAGUUCCGACGAAAUGAGUAGCAAUGCGCUGCCGAGCAUGGCCCAUACGGUGACGCCACUGGCAGCGUCGGCGUCGUUCAAGGAGGUGAGCAAAGGUUCCUCAUCGCGGCGGAGGGCGUCGCUCCGUCCUAGUAUGGACUCCGAUGACUUCAUAAACCUGCUCCACGGCUCGGAUCCGGUGAAGUUGGAGCUCAAUCGCCUCGAAAAUGAAGUAAGAGAUAAGGAAAGGGAAUUGGGAGAAGCGCAAUCCAAGAUCAGGGCAUUGAGGUUGUCAGAGCGCCUCCGUGAAAAAGCUGUUGAAGAGCUCACGGAGGAAUUGAAAAAGGUGGAGAAGAAGCUGAAGCAAACAGAAUCUCUUCUUGAAAGCAAGAAUCUUGAAAUUAAGAGAAUCAAUGAUGAGAAAAAGGCCUCCAUGGCAGCUCAGUUUGCAGCAGAAGCCACUCUUCGAAGAGUUCAUUCUGCUCAAAAGGAUGAUGAUAUGCCUCCAAUUGAAGCCAUACUUGCACCCUUGGAGGCUGAGCUCAAGCUUGCUCGACAUGAGAUUGCAAAACUGCAGGACGAUAACAAAGCAUUGGAACGACUCACUAAAUCGAAAGAAGCUGCUCUGCUUGAAGCAGAGAGAACUGUGCAAGUAGCAUUGGCAAAGGCUUCUAUGGUGGAUGAUCUCCAAAACAAGAACCAGGAAUUGAUGAAGCAGAUUGAAAUCUGUCAGGAAGAGAACAAGAUUUUGGAUAAAAUGCAUCGUCAAAAGGUUGCAGAUGUUGAAAAGCUUACCCAAACUGUGCGUGAGCUAGAAGAGGCUGUGCUUGCUGGUGGUGCAGCUGCUAAUGCUGUACGAGACUACCAGCGGAAGGUUCAGGAGAUGAAUGAACAAAGAAAGACUCUUGAUAGAGAGCUAGCUCGUGCAAAAGUAACAGCAAACAGGGUGGCAACUGUGGUGGCAAACGAAUGGAAAGAUGCUAAUGACAAAGUGAUGCCCGUGAAACAAUGGCUAGAAGAAAGAAGGUGCUUGCAAAGUGAGAUGCAGCAACUACGGGACAAGCUUGCUAUAGCUGAGCGAACUUCAAAAUCUGAAGCCCAGUUAAAAGAUAAAUAUCAAUUGCGAUUAAGAGUUCUUGAAGAGACUUUGAGAUCACCAAACACGGCUGGUCGCAUCACACCAGAUGUAAGAAGUACUAGCAAUGGUCCUUCACGUCGCCAAUCACUGGGUGGAGCUGAAAACAUUUCCAAGUUGACUUCUAAUGGUUUUUUACCCAAGAGAUCACCUUCCUUUCAGUUGAGAUCUUCUGGGAGCAGUACUGUGUUGAAGCAUGCAAAAGGGACCUCAAAGUCAUUUGACGGUGGCUCGCGAUCUUUAGACAGGGGCAAAAUCCUCUUAAAUGGACUAGGAUCAAAUUUCAAACAAAGCCAGUCUUGUGAUAGAACUGAGGAGAGCAAGACAGAAGACAGUACUUGGAAAACGAACCAAGAGGAAAACUCCAAUGAUGCACAAGUUACAGAAACAGAGGAUACUGUACCUGGGUUGUUAUAUGACCUGUUACAGAAAGAGGUGAUUGCCUUGAGGAAAGCUGGUCUUGAAAAGGACCAAAGCCUUAAAGACAAGGAUGAUGCAAUUGAGAUGCUAUCAAAGAAGGUAGAAACUUUAACGAAGGCCAUGGAGAUUGAGGCUAAAAGGAUGAGAAGGGAUGUAGCUGCUAUGGAGAAGGAGGUGAUUGCCAUGCGUACAGAAAAAGAUCAUGAAAAUAGGGUCAAACGGCUUGGAAAUUCUAAGAGUUCACUUAACAGUUCUCAGUUACUCCCUGGAAGGAGUGCAUCAAGAAGUGGGUUGACACGCAGCACUCAAUGACACAUAGUCCAAUUGUUGCAGUAGAGAUCUGUUCUGCAUGGUCUUUUCGUCCUUGCCAUUUUCCAAAAUUUACCCCGUUUUUGUACAAUCGCAGCAAGCAUGCCAAUGGCUCCUCGCUUGAGUUGAGAGAACCAAAUGGAUAACAUUGGAAAACAAACCGGUAUGCUUGUAACUUAGACUAUGAUCCCCGUGAUUAAGCCGUGGAUAUUGAAGUCGAGCUAACCUUUUGUCGAAAUCAGUGGGUGGAAGUUGUGACAGUAUAGGUAGCUUGGUGGCAUGUACUUCUCUUGUUUCAGUUUUUUGUAGUCUAUAUUUGUAAUCUGCUGAUAUAGUGAUCGUUAUUAUUGAGGUUUGUCAAUAUUUUUGUAAUCAGAUUCUCUUCAAUGUCGAAACUGUUCACCGUUAAAACUUUAAAGUAGCUUGCAUUUGAAGA